AUGGCGGAGAGGAAGCUGGAUCGACCCUCGGCGCUCGGCAAAGGUGGGCUGUCGCUUGGGAUCGAGGAGGACAGGGCCGCCGCCGCCGCCAUGGGGUUCGUCGACGACUCCAAAGAUCAGCUGCACCUGGAUAACAGCAUUCCCCUGUCUCCUCAGUGGCUCUACGCCAAACCUGCUGAUGGAAAGAUCUCGCUGCCUCAUGGGUCCUCCCUUGAACCUGCUGAAAAGGAAGUGAGGAUGUUGGAAGGUACUGUUGAUAGGAAAGAACGAAGGAGGAAUGUAUUUGAUGCUGACAGUGGUCUUCGCUGGCUUGAAGAGGAGAGGGAGACGAGCCUGCUUGGGAGGAGGGAGCGCAAGAAGGAUGUGGACCGGGACGUUGAUAAUCGCAAGACUGAUCGCCGUUCUGACAAUGUUUCUGCAAGGGACAACACUGAUCCGCGUGCAGCUCCUGCAUCUGAAAGGUGGAAUGAUGGUUCCACCCGAAGCUUGGGGAAUGAGGGACGCCGUGAUAGAAAAUGGUCAUCAAGAUGGGGACCUGAUGACAAGGAGAAGGACUCCAGGUCAGACAAGAAGGUUGAUGCAGAGAAGGAUGAAACCCAUGCUGAUAAACAGACAUUCACUGGAAGGCUGCUGUCUGAGUCAGAUUCCCGUGAUAAAUGGAGGCCUCGUCACCGGCAGGAAAGUCAUUCUGUCGGAACAGCAACGUACCGUGCUGCUCCAGGCUUUGGAUCCGAGAAAGGGCGUGUUAAGGACUCAGAUAUUGGUUUUGCUGCUGGAAGAGGCAGGGGAAACCCAAACUCAGUUGCAUCCUUCAACCGGCCAUCAUCUGCAGGAUCAAUCGGUGCUCCAUCUGUGCAUGGGAAGUCUGCAAAAGCUGCUGUUGGUUUCCGCUACCCAAGAGGGAAGCUUCUUGAUAUAUACAGGCAGAAAAAUAUGAUGUCAUCCUUUGAUGAUGCUGACAUGAAACUGGAGGAAAUUCCUUCCAUCACACUCUCUACUGCUGCAAAACCCCUAGCCUUUGUUGCACCGGAUAAAGUUGAAGAGGCUCUCCUGGAAGAUAUUAGAAAGGGUAAAGUCAUUAGCAGUGAAGGAAUCAAUGGGACUGGAAACAAAAAAGAGAGGGCAAAAGAUCUCGAAGAACCAGCUUCUGGUAUUGACGAUGACAAGGACAAAGUCAGUUUUGCAAUUGCUGGGUUGGGUCAAAAAGUGUCUUCAGAUUUAAUUUCAGAGAAGGACGCCUUCUAUGUUGAAGGGACACUUCCUACUGGCAUCAGUACAUCUCCGCCAAAGAAAAGUCUGGAGGAAAAUGCCAGCAGCAAUCAAUAUGGGAUUACCGACAUUAGGGAAGGUUUGAAUACUGAUGAAAUCAAGUCAAGUGCUGAUCAUGAUCUUGGCACUAAGCUACCUGAUGAUUCAAACACUCUGUUUGAUGUACCAUCCUUUGAGCAUCCUUCAGAACCCCCUAUGCAAUACCAAAGCAGUGACAUGGAUAUAAAAGUGGGUGGCCAUGCUAAUUAUCCUGAAGAGUUGACAUUAUAUUAUCUGGAUCCCCAAGGAGGUGUGCAGGGUCCAUUUCUGGGUGCUGACAUAAUUUCCUGGUAUGAAGAUGGAUACUUUGGUUUGGAGUUACCUGUACGUCUGUCUCAGGCUCCAGAUGAUGUUCCUUUCCGCCCACUUGUCGAAGUCAUGCCCCACCUUGGGAAAAAACUGCAAUCGCAUAUACCUCAACCCAGUGAUGGAAGUGCUGAAUCUCUGGAAUCAUCUCAAAGUAAAUUUGAAUCCACAGUUCCUACUGUUUCCUCAGCGAAGAGUGACCAAGUGUCUAAUUGGAAUUCUGAAAGCAAUGCUGUUGAUCCUAAAAGAGGUGAUCAUGAAGCAUCAGUACCUUCUCGUAGUGGUUGGUUAUCUUCGCCGGAAACGGGAAAGGAUAUAGCAAAUACUAGUAAUCGCCAGCAGCACAUUCCUGAAUCAGUGAAUCAGGAUGCUGAAGAAGUGUUGUACACUGGGAGGCCUAAUAGCAGCAUGGGUCAAUCCCUACGGGACCUCGAGAAUGAUCGUGCAGAUUUCCAGUUGGCACCACAUGAUCCUCAUUCUGUGGUUGGAGAAGCUAAUUUGCCGCAGCAUGAUAUCCCAAGGGAGAGUGAUCUGAGUCCUCUUGGCUUACUUUGGUCUGAGCUGGAAGGGCAUCCAAAACAACCUCUCUCAUCAAACGUACUUGGUGUCAAUGAGCGGAGAAAUCCCAAGCCUACAACACCCAAGGACAUUCCAUCUGUAAACAUGAGACACGGACCACUUAGCAGGAUGAAUGAAGUUUCUAGUGUGCGUGAUGAGUGGCCUGCAAACUUUGGACGGCUGGACAAUAUGAAUGAUGCAAACAUUUCCGGCAGAAUCCCUCAGGUUGAAGCUGAGCAUCAUUUGAAUUUUGAGGGGCAAAUGCUGCUUCAACAGAUCAGACGGGAGCAACAGCAAUUGCAGCAGGAGCAAUUGAUGGCCCGCAACAAUUUGGAAUUUUCUGGUGCAUUUCCCGGGCAGGUGUUUGAUUCUUUGCACCAACACCGCCAGCCUAUGAAUCAACCGCUUUCUGAUGUGGAGCAUCUUUUGAGAGUCCAGUUUGAAAUUGAGCAACAGCAGCAACGCCGCCAGCUCCAACAAGAGCAGCACCAACGGCAGCUACAGCAGCAACGGCAAGCCCAGCUCUUGCAGCAACAGCAGCAACAGCAACAGCAGCAGCAGCAGCAGCAACAGCAACAGAUGAUCCUCGAGCAAUUGUUGCAGCAGCAGCUGCAGGGUUCAAAUUUUGGACCAACAAAUAUGGUUGAUCAAGUCUUACUUCGUGAACAUGUAUUAAAUGAACUGCACCAGCAACCUCACCAUUUGCAAAGGCAGCAUGAUGCGGCUAUUGAACAACUCAUUCAAGCAAAAUUUGGUCAUGGCCUUCAUAGGGAGCAUCAUAAUGAUAUGUUGGAUGUUCUCUCACGACCAAAUCAGAGACAGAUGCUUCCUUUAGAGCAGCAAAUUCUUUUAGGCCUUCAGCACGAGCAGCAACUUCAGUCUCAACAAUUGGCAAAUGCUCUGCGGCAACAUUCAGGCAGGGAGGAAGAAAGGCACUUAAGUGGGGUCUGGCCAAUGGACGAUCCUGCUCAGUUUAUCCGCUCAGGGACCAGUCCAAAUCAGAAACAUGGUCAUUUCGAUCUCCUGGAGAAUCUUCAGAGAUCGUCAUCGUUUGAUCAUCAUGAACAUCUUGACCGCAGCUUAUCCUUACAUGAACGUUUGCAUAGGGGAGGUCAAGGUAUUCACUCCCUAGAGCGGUCUGGUUCUUUGCCUGGUGGUGGUCCUGGACCAAACCCAGAUGUCAUAAAUGCCCUAGCACGCCAUCAUGGACUUGGUCAGUUGGAAACACAUGGUGAUAUAUACCCUUUAGGCCAAAUGCCUAUGCUUCCUUCAGGGGUUCAUCCUCAGCAACAUAGGCUUCAGGAACAGCUUCCUGGUUCUCACAUAGGAAGGCUUGAAAGGCACUGGUCGGAUGCCAAUGGACAGUUGCAAAACAGUCUAAUGGAAUCUUCACGCAUCAACCAGUUGCAGAUUGAAGCGGAGAAGCAGAGGAGGAAUGUGGAAAUGAACCUUGCUGUUGACAACCCACAUGCAUGGGCAGCUCUUAUGAACAAAGAGAGGAAUGCAGAACAAGAUUUGAGUGAUAUGAUUCAUAAGAAACUUGUCCUUCAAUCGCAGCAGUCCCUGGGUUUCCCUGAUGUUCCUGUUCCAGCAUCAUUUGGGCGUAAGGAUCACUUUGCGCAACCUGUUGCAGAGAACCCUCUAAGAUCAGUGGACAUGUUGUCGUUUGAGGAGUCUCUUGCAGAAAGGUCACUUUAUGCAAAGUCAGGGCAGUUGGCGCAAGAGGGAUCAGCUAAUCUGGGUGCUUUGCCCAACAGUAUUGAGAACACUGGAAAAUUUAACAUUAGAUCAGGAUCUGGAUCAAUGCUUGAGCAGAAGCAUUUUCUUGGAAUUGAUGAUGUUCAAAGGGACUUUCCAGACACCACGGGUGGUAGAACAUCAGCCAAUCAACUGGUUGGGAGUGUCAAUGAGUUAACGAGGGUUAAAAAGCAAGGUUCUAGUGCGAGCUUGGCUGGGGAUGAUACUGAUUUUGCUGAAGAAGCUGUUAGUAAAUGGUCUGAUUCUGGCAUGUCAAAAGGAAGCUCUCACUCCUCACUAAAGCGCUCUACAAACCAACAUACUACAUCUCAGUCAGUUCCCGCAGAUCUGUCUUCAGCAAUCAGGCUGAAGAAAGCAGGCCUUGCGUCCUCUGAUGAGAAUAAGAUGGAAUCAGGAGUCGCAUCAGUAGCCCAGGGUAUGGAAGGCUGUGUACCUAGCAACAAAGAGGCAGGGGUGUAUAGCAUGCCAUCAGCCACCACCAAUCCAGAUGCCUCUGGUCAGUCCUUCAGCGAAGCGCUGAAGAGCUCGAGGAAGCCUCCGUUGCAAUAUGAUGCCUCCGAAUCUGCUGACGGUGGCCCAGGUGGUAAGGGCGCAAAGAAGAAAGCGAAGAAAGGAAAGCAGAUUGACCCUUCUCUUCUUGGCUUCAAGGUCCACAGUAACCGGAUCAUGAUGGGCGAGAUUGUUCGAGAUGAUUAG